AUGUUUGACAUUGUUGCCGAUGUCAGAGAAUAUCGCCACUUUAUACCGUGGUGUCGACGAUCAGAUAUCAUUGAAGUGCAAGGAAACGCUCGGAUAGGAGAACUAGAAAUUGGCUUCCCGCCACUAAACGAGAGUUAUCGAUGUCGAAUUAUCGUGCUUCGACCGUCAGUCGUUCACUCCAUUGUGAUUGGUGAAUCAAUAUUCAACACAUUGGAGACGUCUUUCAAAUUUGCAAAAGUUAGCAACUACUCCUGCAUAUUGCACUAUGAUCUAGCCUUCGAAUUUAAGUCGCGACUGCACUCUCAAAUGGCGUACCUGUUUUUC